UCAGCGCUCACGGCCGGACCUAACCGCUUUAUAGGGAACCACGUGAUACCAGCUCGGGUUUCAGCCGAGCCCCGCCCCUGGCCCCACCUGUGAUUGGUUGCGGCUCCUCUGUCCGGCAGUCCUGACCCUGGCGCGGAGUGUGAGGGAUGCAGAGCGCAGUGCGGAGGCGGCAUCAGAACCCGGGCUCACCGGCCAGAUUCGGGGGAGUACAGCAAGAUGACGGCUCCAGAAAUUCACGCUUUCACCUGGACCUCUGGUUCUACUUUACGUUGCAGAACUGGCUUCUGGACUUUGGACGGCCGAUCGUUAUGAUCAUCCUUCCCUUGGACUGGUUCCCGCUGAAUAAGCCCAGCGCAGGAGACUACUUUCACAUGGCUUAUAACAUCAUUACUCCACUGUUGCUCCUGAAGCUGAUUGAAAGGUCGCCGAAAACUCUCCCAAACUCAGUGAUUUACAUCAGCAUCAUGACCUUUGUGAUGGGGGCUAGCAUCCACCUUGUAGGGGACUCCGUAAAUCACAGACUGAUCUUCAGUGGAUAUCAGCUUCACCUGUCUGUGCGGGACAAUCCAAUCAUGCAAAAGCUGCAACCCCCCACUCUGGUUGACUCAUUUGAGCUGCUAUAUUACUAUGAUGAAUACCUGGGCCAUUCCAUGUGGUACAUCCCAUUUUUCCUAAUCCUGUUCAUCUAUUUCUCUGGCUGUUUCACAACAGUGAGAGGUGAAAGCAGAAUGCCCCUGUCAGCGUGGUCUUUGCUGGGCCCCAGCAGUCUGUAUUACUGGUACCUGGUAACUGAGGGCCAGAUCUUCAUAAUCUUCAUCUUCACAUUCUUUGCAAUGCUGGCCCUCAUUCUACACCAGAAGCGUAAGGGCUUCCGCCUGGACAGUAAUGGCCUCUUCUUGCUGCUCUCCUUUUCAGCUACUUUAGUCCUCAUUGCUGUUUGGAUUGUAUGGCUGUGGAAUGAUAAGAUUUUGCGCAAGAAAUACCCUGGGGUGAUAUAUAUUCCAGAACCAUGGGCCUUCUAUACAUUGCACAUCAACAACUUGCACUAAUAGUGGUCGGGUCCGGUUCUUCUCCCUAAGAGCGGACAUAAAUAUAGGCAUCUCUUAGUCAGUCUUGUCACCCCAGUAGAAGGGGUGAUGUAUAGGAAACCCUUGUUCCUUUAUUCAAACUAUAGUAGAGUGGUUUAUUCACUUUUUAUUUACCUACAAGUCUAUUUUAAUAUUUUAUCAAC